AUGUUUAAAGAUCAUUAUAAUUUAAAGAAUCAACAACAAAAACCUGCAAAUAGAAAAUAUGGCAGUUUGCCCUGGUUAGGCAGCUUAAUAUUAAUUUUACAGUUGCUUAAGCUACCUGGUGCAGCAGAGAAUUCUCUACUAAAAUCGUCUGUCGGUCUCACUACUAUCGACACUUCAAGAGCCACCACAGCGACAACAACAUUAACGUCAACGUCAACAUUAACAUUAAUAUCAACAUCAACACCAACAUCAACAUCAACAUCCACAUUCACAUCAACAUCAUUAACGUCGAUACCAACAUCACCAACAAUAAAUAUAACGAGCACACCAAACCGAAACAGUAUUUUGUUAACAAAAAUUUCCAAUGAUCAUGAUGAUAGCGGAGAUAAAAGACGACUGUAUCAACAACAGCAACAGAAAUCGCCAAGAGGACCAACAUUUUCCGAUUUACAUAAACAAGUAGUUGAAAACUUAAUAAAACAAUGGGCGCCAAUAGUAUGGUUAGCGCCUGAAGAGAAAUUCAUGCCAUUAGGAGUUGAGGAAUUUUUAAUUCAUGUUCAUCCCGAAAAUACGGGUAAGCCCCUCACACUUGGCAUGCCAGUGGGAGAUAUAUCUGAGAAAAGCUACUUAGUAACUAAUACGAAUAUAGAGCAACUCUUAGAAAACAAAACUUCCUUUAUAUACGGACACAAUCCUAAUAUUGCACCAGUUCCUAUUUACGCGGUAGUAAGUUUAUGCUUACCGGAAAAUAAUCCCUUGAAAUUGGAUAUUACGCCAUCACCGUCACCGCCGAUGAGCACCAGAGCUGCUUACAUACCCAUUUCGUUGAAACUUCAAGAGAGUAAAAAUGAUACUUUUAGACGUUCAUCGCGAUUAUAUCCCAUGUUUAAGAGGAUACGACGCAAUAUACCGGAGAAGCGAGCGCCCAUCGUAGCUAACUACAAUUUAGUAAUGGGUGAAAAAGUACAAACCGCUGCCAAAGAUUUAUCAAUGCCAUUGCCAUUGAAUUUAUCAUUGGAAGCGACCACCCAAGAAGCAGAAAAAUGUAAUAAUUUCAUCGCCAAUUUGGCAGACAAUGUCAAAUUCAGUUUACCCUUAGAUGACUUUGAAAAUAUAGUGGGCUACGAAGGGGAAAUGCAAAAACAACAGAAACACAAAGCAAGCUUCGCUUACAGAAAAGAUAUUAAAAUUCCGAUGUUCCAUGUCACCUAUUGGAUGUUUUAUCCAUUUAGUCAGGGUAAGAAUAUGUGCACUUUGAGCUUGGGACCCUUCGGCAGCAUACCAUUUCCGGCAGUAUAUGGCUACUGUCUGGGCAGCAAUAAAGAUAUAGGCAGUCACAUUGGAGAUUGGGAACACAUGAGUUUAUAUUUUAAUUGCGCAGCCGAACCGGAAGCCAUGUACGUUUCAGCUCACGACGCUGGUGCUUAUUACACUUAUAAUCAUUUGACUGGUUCAUUUGAGUUUAAGAAACAAGAAACACGCAAAGGAAUUUUGCAAAGGCCUAAUUUCCCAAAAACUGUAACUACUUUCAAUGAUCAUCCAGUGCUGUUUGCUGCUAAGGGUUCUCACGGCCUGUGGACAGCUCCCGGUAAACAUCGUUUUGUUAAAGUAGCUCGCUUAUAUGAUAUAAACGGUUUUGGUACUCCCUGGAAUACUUGGAAACAUGUCGAUAUUACAUAUGAAAAUCUUAAAUCAUACGGACGUUCAUUAACUCCAAGCUGGUUAUUUUUUAAAGGAAAAUGGGGUAAUCCGAAAAGUAAAUGCCAUCCGUUAAAGCGAAUUGGUUUAAAUUUUUGUGAGUACACUGAUGGACCAGUGGGUAUACCGUUAAAAGAAUCACAUUUCCAAUGCGCUCUCUCUUAUAAAAAUUAAAUGUAAACCGUUCAGUGCCGCUUAAGUGGUCACAAAAUUCCCAAACUGAUGCAAUAGCCAGAAAUUUAAAUAAAUUUUGUU